GAAAGGUUAAAGGUCACAUAUCAAUGGCGGCAACUGUUCGAUCGGGAAGCAUAGAUGAUCAAGUUUCCCUUAUUAGAGUAUCAACAUGGAUCCAAAUGGUAACCUGUUUUUGAGGGUUCAGCAAAAGAUCAAGGAAGGGAAAAAAGGAGAAGAUUAUGAUGGAACACACAGAUUCACACCUUCUGGUGUCAAUCAACAAUCUAGGAAUGAACCUCACACAUCAAAACCUGCUGAUGAGAUACAAGGAACUUCGAGUGGAAACAAUAGUGUGAUUAUCAUUCCAGAUACACCAAGUCCAGUUUUUUCAAGAUUUGUUGGAAAAAGAGGAAAACAAGUUGGAGGUAAACUGUUGAACCACACCAGUGAUGGAUAUGAUGGGACAGGUGAUGGCAAUCGGGGACCUACUAACUCAAAAACUAAGCUGUCGGCUAAAAGUCAAGGGUCAGAGGGCACCUCCUAUAAGAGGUCGAGACCCCCUAGGGAACCAAUGUUAACACCAGAAAAACAUUCAUUACCAUGGAAACAAAAUAUAUCUGAAGGGAAACAUAAUAAUGAAAGUGUACCCAGUUCUAAAGGUGUGUCUAGUUUUCAUAGUAAAUUUUUAGAUGCUAAAUCGAAGAUUGCACUUAGUCCAGGAAAGGUGAAAAUCAGCCCCUAUGUUCCGUCCCAUGGUAUCCAUUUUAAAACAGCUUUUCAGGAAAUGAUGGAGAGAAACCAGGAGAGAUCGAGAAAUGAAUCAAAUCAUGCUGUUCAUAACCAGGAACAGGGUGCCACAAAAUUAUCACAUUCCUCUUCGGGACAUUCAAGGAAACAACAUGACCCUUCCGGACUUACUGAGCCAUGCAACCAUGUCAACAAAAGGAGUGCCAAAUUAAGCCAUCGUAAUUCUGAUAAACCAAGUCACAAACUGACCAUAGAGCAAAGUAAGGGCCAAGACAGUGAAAGACAACACCACAGGAAGACUGCCUGUAAUGUUGGACAAAGAAAGUCAGAGGCAUCUUCAUCCCCCAAAAUUAAACGUGCUCGACUAGAUGGUGGGUUUCAUAACAAAGAAUUCUACAAUGCGUACACCUGGCCCUCGGAGUCCUCCGACAGUGAUGAUAGUGAAUUUGAUUCUGUCGGUUCACAGACACUGCAGGCAAUGUUAGAUCAUAGUUGUAAUCCACAGACUAACAGCCCAAUAUCUGCUGCCCCGGCCCUCAAUGUUACGCCUCCCAAAGUGGACUGGCCGACUCGUGUUCACAGAGUCAAAGACGGGGCAAAGGAAUGUGUCAACCAUGCAAUAGCAAAGCAUGUUCGCCCUAAAUCACCUGUUUCAUCUUUACAUGACAUUACUUCUUCAAGGUCAAGCAAUCAUAAUCCUCAAGGUCCUCAGGUUGACAAUGAAAGUUCAGGAGCACAUAGACAAGAAGAAAAGCUGGAUGGAAAUAAAACAAAAAAUGUUCAUACGAAAGUAAUGAAAAGUGAUCAGAGAGAACAAAUGUCAGGCUGGUUUGAUGAUGGCUUUUCCAGAAUGGCAGAAUCUGAUUGGUCACCAUCUGUGAGUGAGGAGUCAAGGUCACAUUCAAGAAAAAUGGCUUCAGAAAGGUCAAGGUCAAUUCAACUUGCAGCAUUAGAGUCAAGGUCAAAUAAAAGUAAAAAUACAUAUCAAUGUCCUGGAACAGAUCAAGGCUACACACCUGCCAUACAAAAUCCUGAUCUACAUGGGAGCCCUAACCAACCAAUCAUAUGUGAGAAUGUGAAAGAGAGUAAAGCCCCACAAAAUCAAAUAGAGCAGGUCGAAGGGGAUGAAGAGUUAGCCAAAAAGUUGCAGGAACAGAUGGACAUGGAGUUUGCCAUGUCUCUCCAGAAUCUGGAGAACCAGCCCCCAGUGUUUGGAGCAGGAGUGUUCCCUCAUCACGACAUGUCCUUACCGAGCCCUGUGGUAGCCUAUAACAGAGGUCCUGUGGCCGUCGGACAGGGGAGGUGGGCCACAGCACAAAGGGGACGGACCACCUCGCGCUAUCCCGAUUUAGAUGAGGUGGAGGCAUUGCUACGGGACCUUGACGAACCCGAGGAGCGAUUACUUCAGAAUUACCCCCAAAGUCGAGCGAUCACAAGGAACGCGGUCCGGCCACAAUCAGGUCAACAUUUUCUGGAUGACAUUGCUCGUAUCAACAACAGCCUGCUGUCCAUGUUAGAGGGAGGCAGCCCGCCUUUGGCACGACAACCACGAUCUAGGCGUAGAGGACAGAGACGUAUUGCCGCUCCUCGUGGAUUUGAUGUGGGCAGUCCAGCGGAGGGAAAUGACUAUGAGGAUCUGUUAAGUCUGGCAGAAAUGCUGGGUGAUGUGAAGACCAAGGGUCUGACAGAGGCGCAGAGCUCCAGGUUGCCUGUACGUCUAUACCAGGCUAACAGUGAGAAGCAGGAAUCGGAGGACUGUCUUAUAUGCAUGUGCGAGUAUGACCAGGAUGACAGGCUGAAAAUGCUUCCAUGCUUCCAUGAGUUCCAUGAGCAGUGUAUUGACAAGUGGAUCAAGGGAAAUGCCAGCUGUCCAGUGUGUCGUGUAGAGGUCAAAUUGACAUAAAACAGUUUCCAUCAGUUCUGACCAUUGACAACUUUAAACCAGUUUUAGUUGAUCUGUUCUACUGAAUGGGAAGGAAAAUUGAAGAACGAUCAUGAAGUGAAGACAUGAAUCUCUGACUUGGAAGGAGGAAUAUGUCUAACAGAAAUUUUGAUCUCUACCAAAAUGUUAACUUUUGAUGCAUGUAAUGAAAUCAUGGUGUUAAAUAACUUUUGCUAUUGGUGAUGUUCAUGAAAUGAUCUGAUUUGCUGGGAAUGUAAUGUGCAAUUCUCACAUUUAGAGGUUCAUCAUUGUUUGAAAUAUAUAUAAAAGAAAUUCUCAAGUAAUGAAAUAAGUAUUUGAGAAACACAUGUAAUCCAAACAUCCCACAUCAACAUUUUUAAACCUCUUAUGUUAAGCAUGUCCUACAGAUUGAACAUAAGCUUCAAAUUACCAGGACAUCAAACCUAAGAAUUAGAGUUCAGGAUUUAUGGUACAGGUUGGCUUCUCCAAGUCAAAGUUCAAAUUAGACAAAAGGUAUAUACAUAGUUAAACUUUGUACAGGAUUACCUUUCUGCAGUAAUUAAUUAAAA